AUGAAGGACUACAAACACUCUGGAUGUGAUGCUGAUAAUAAUAACAAUAACAGUAAUAAUAAUAAUAUGACGACCAGUCAUGAUGAUAAUGAUAAUGAUGUCAAUUUCCCUGUAUGGGUUGCAUUUCGACAAGGUUAUGUUUCAGGGAAAUUUCUUACCUCACUACCAAAUGGACGAUGUCGUGUACUUAUUCUACCUGGACAAGAAGUAAUCGAAGUGAACACUGAAGUGGUGGAACGUGCAAAUCCUUCAAAUAUGGAUCGUGUGGAUGAUCUUAUAAAAUUACGUUAUGUUAAUGAAUCUAGUGUAACGCAUUCAUUUAUACAACGUUAUGGUUCUGGAUUAAUAUUCACCUAUGCUUCAGGUAUCAAUUUGAUCAGUAUUAAUCCAAUGAUGCCGUUGAAUAUUUAUUCCGACAAA